GCCGGGGCGGGAAAAGAAUCCUGUUGGAGGGGCUGAGUUGAUGAAGGCAGGAAUUUGGCCAUCCGGCUUCUCGCCCUCUGGCGGCUCCAAACGGCAGACCGACUUGCUUUGACUACCCGCAUGCUCCCAGAUCCACACCGAGAGUCUCCAGGGGGGUGACUUGUCGGGUGCGGGCUUCCAGAUGGGGGAUGAGGGGCCAGGAAGCGCGGUGCAUCUGCUGUGCCUCGCAGCCUCUAGCGGGGUUCCCCUGUUCUGUCGGAGUAGCAGCGGCGGCGCCCCCUCCCGUCAACAGCUUCCUUUCUCUGUCAUCGGCUCUCUCAAUGGAGUCCACAUGUUCGGCCAGAAUCUGGAUGUGCAACUGAACUCGGCAAGAACGGAAGACACAACCGUAGUGUGGAAGAACUUCCAUGACAGUAUCACCCUCAUUGUUCUGUCAUCUGAGGAGGGCACCUCUGAGCUGAGGCUGGAAAGAAUGCUCCACAUGGUGUUUGGGGCCAUGGUUCUCAUUGUGGGACUUGAGGAGCUGACCAAUAUCCGGAAUGUAGAAAGACUGAAGAAAGAAUUGAGGGUGAGGCUGUGGGAUGCCAGCUACUGUCUCAUUGACAGCUUCCUGGGGAACUCAGAGCUCAUCGGAGACCUGACCCAGUGUGUGGACUGUGUCAUUCCUCCAGAGGGGUCUGCCAUGCAGGAAACCCUUUCAGGGUUUGCGGAGGCCACUGGCACAGCCUUUGUCAGCCUGCUUGUAUCAGGCCGAGUAGUGGCAGCGACGGAGGGCUGGUGGCGCCUAGGCAUGCCUGAAGCUGUACUACUCCCCUGGCUGGUGGGGUCUUUGCCACCACAAGCUGCUCGCGACUACCCAGUGUAUCUGCCCCACGGGAGCCCCACGGUCCCACACAGGUUGUUGACCUUGACGCUGCUGCGGGGCCUGGAGCUGUGUCUGCUGUGCGGGCCGCGCCCGCCCCUCGGCCAGCUGGACCCACAGUUGCUGGAACGCUGGUGGCAGCCUCUGCUGGAGCCCCUCCGGGCCUGCCUGCCGCUGGGCCCUAGGGCGCUUCCCGAAGGGUUCCCGCUACACAGCGAUAUUCUUGGUCUGUUGUUACUCCACUUGGAACUGCGACGCUGCCUCUUUACCGUGGAACCCUCCAAGGAUAAAGAGCCUUCCCCUGAGCAGCGCAGGCGCCUCCUUAGAAACUUCUACACGCUGGUGGCCACCACCCACUUCCCGCCAGAACCGGGGCCUGCAGAGAAACAAGAGGACACAGUCCACGCAGCCCAGACGCCCAGAGCCUGCUAUCUCGUGCUAGGGCCAGGCAUGGGGUGGCAGCUGGUGGCUGUGCAGCUAGGGCUCCGGCUGCUGCUGUUGCUGCUGUCCCCUCAGACCCCCACCCACGGGCUGCGAAGCCUGGCCACCCGCACUCUGCAAACCCUCACCCCGCUCCUCUGAUCACUCAGGGUGGGCAGUCAAUAGCUGGGGUAAUAUUAGCGUCUCUCUGUUUAUUCGCUCACAAUAAUACACGGCCCCUGGAUGGGGAAAGGGAGGAAGGGGGAGGGUGACGGGGAAGGGGGGGAGAGGUACCUACUUCCUUGGCCCCUCUCCCCUCUGUGCUUCGGGGGACAAGGGAGGGAGGGUGCUUCCCUUGACCCCCCCUAGAAUGUAAACAGCAGCAGAUGAACAAAAAUAAAAUACAAAAGGCCAGAGGGAGCUCCCAGGCGCCCCCA